GCAGUGUUUUACAAAUCAAUUGCUGUGUUCAAAUGCAUGUGUCAAAGCGUCGGAAAAUUUCUUUCAAGGAGAAAGCAGACGUCAAUAAUGCUAAACAAUUACAAGAAAACGAAUACCUCUUUCAUUCGAACAUAUUUAAGUUGCAAGUAUUUCACGACCGAAGAGCUUCUGAACGAAAUAAGAGUGAAACCAAAGAGACGGCAAGAGAUCGACAAUGUUAUUCGGCAGUUGACGACACACUUUAAGCGCCUGCCAACCGGGGAGCGUCAUUUGUUGUCGGACACAGGCUGGAUUGAAGAACUCGGCUUGAAGUACCCUCUCUCCUCGUUUCCGUUUCCGACAAGUAAAUCUUCUGAUUACUUGUUCGUCAAGUUUCAUGCGCCAACGAAUUGCGAGACCAUCGGAAGUUACCGACUGAACGUCGCCUGCAAGCCAACGAUUUAUGUCGAUCUGGCAGUGGAAAUUCCUAAGGCUUUAGGUGACUUCGAUUCGACGCCCCAUUACAACCAGAGCGUUCUGUUCGACCUGCUGCUGCCUGAACUGACGCGGCACGUAGAGCAGCGGUGGCAGGGUUGCGAUGGAGUCAAGGAGGGUGCGUUGCUCGUGUCUACUUGGCUGAGGCAUCGCGGGUUGGACAUUGGCUUCGGAUGUGCCACUGACACGUUUGUGCAGGCGCUGCUGUGCUUCUUACUCGAAUCGAGACGAGUUAACGUCCACAUGAGUAGUUACCAGUUUUUUCGCUCUUUUGUCUCGUUUAUCGCGUCUGAUGGUCUGCGCUUGCCGGAACUACGCUUGAAGCCGCUUGAUCAAGAUGCCGUCGUCGAUGACCAGGAAAACGAACUCUACAAAGACUUCCACAAACAUUUCGAUGUGGUCUUUCGCGAUUCGACGGGCUUCUUGAACAUAUGUCUUCAGUGGAAUUCGGCUCUAGUUGACUGGCUUAAAGACGAAUCUGCUCUCGCCUUGAAAAUACUGGAUGACUUUCAGACAGAUGCGUUCGCGUCGCUUUUCAUGAAACAGGUGCCGUUCUGCUAUCGAUUCGAAUAUCUAAUGAGCGUCCACGUUGGUGACGAGUUACGGUCAGCGAUGACUGUACGUAAAAGGUUCGUAUCGAGAUUUAUGGACUACGCCGGUGACGUUUGCGAAACGCUGUUUCCGAUCGUUGCAGAAGCUAUCAUCAAAGGACUUGGCAAUCGCAUCGUUUUACUUGCGAAACAUCAGCAAAAGCCUCCUCAGUGGAAAGUUUCUGCGCCGCCUUUGUACGUUACUGACGAAGAACUGGUACUGGGCAUUUCGAUCGACGCUGAAAAUUACGACCAGACCAUCAUUCAGGGUCCUUUGGCUGAUUCUGAUGACGCAAAGGCAUUCCGAACAUUCUGGGGUGAAAAGUCAGAGAUGCGAAAAUUUGACGGCACGGGCAUUUGCGAAUCAGUCGCUUGUCCAGCUAAAAGUCAGGAACAGAAAAGAGCGAUUAUUCCGCAGCUGGUGAACUUUAUUAUCAAACGGCAUCUGAAGCUGGAUCCUUCCCAGAUUCGCUGGUCCUAUAACCAACUGGAAAAACUGUUGCUUCUUCCCGCACAUCUGCAGUACACGCUUGAUCAUGUCGUACAGAUCAUUUUCGAGCAGAGCGGAAAAUGGCCGGAUGAUCUGAAGGCGGUUCGUAAAUUGAAGUCGGCGUUUUACAUGCAAAUCAGUGACCUUCUCAAGAAGCAGCUUGACAUAAAUUCGUUUGUGAAAGAGCAAUGCCUAAUGGUUUUCGAGCAGUACCCGUCGUUUGCACUGACGUGUCGAUUGGCAAAACGGUGGAUAUCGAGUCACAUGAUGAGCGGAUUUCUGUCUGACGAAGCGAUUGAAUUGAUGGUGGCUUAUUUGUAUUUAAAUCCAUGGCCUUACGUUGAUCCAAAAAACUGCCAGACCGGCUUCUUCCGGUUCUUGGAUCUUUUGGCGACUUUUGAUUGGCUGCUGGCACCUUUGAUCGUUAACUUCAACGACGAUUUGUCGAAGAGCGACAUCAGCGAGAUACAGGCGCAGUUCAUAACCAUACGGCCGACUUUACCUCCUUUGUGCAUCGUGACUCCAGAAGAUAGACAGGGUGUUCGUUGGACCAGACCUCGUCCCUCAUCGAUGAUCGUCGAUCGGCUGACGAAACUGGCAAAUAUUUCGCUGGAUUACAUAUCGAAGAAUUUGCUGCAACCCAGCUUCAAUCCGAAGAUCUUAUUCGAACCGGUGUUGGAUGUAUUUGAUGUGCAAAUAUGGUUGCGACGAACGCAGGUGCCUCGUAGUUACAUGCAGGUGACUCUUAAAAUCGGGGAGGAAACAAACGACUGGUUGAAACAGGUGGAAUCAGGCAGCAAGAAUAACUUAUUUCCGGUCAUAGAUUAUGACCCAGUUCGACAGUAUCUUGAGGAACUGCAGGUAUUACUGGUGAUACUCGAGUCAUUUGAAAAAUUUGCUGCUUUUUUCUAUGACCAGUAUGGAGGACAAGUUAUAGGGGUCCUGUGGAAGCCGCAGUCAUUAAGUGAUGUGGAGUUUAAAAUAUCGAAUCUGAAUGGCCGGAUGCUUAAGCGAAUAGGAAGCAGCUGCAAAAUGAUUUUCAACGUACCUGCAAUCGUAGAGAGCUUCCAAAUAAUGGGCAAGGGUCUUGUGGAAAACAUUGUCAUCAAGCCAGUCUAG